AUGACACCUGUGGCAAAACCCUCCAAAACUCAGGAGACCCAGCAAAAGGAAGACCUACAGGUUCUCAAGCAGAUGCAUACCAUGAUGGCAAAGGUAGAAACCAUUGUCAAGUCUAUCCAUGAUGACAUUGCAACUGCCAUUGAGAACCACGAAACUAUGUUAUCUGAUACUCAUCGGUUAGACAAGAUUAUCAGCACCGUAUCUACCAGUUGA